AUCGCUGCCAAAGUAGGUGAACAAAACGUAAUUUGUUUAAUGGCACACAAUAACAACCUAAUGAAGCAGGCGAUGUUUAAUGUGCUUGUCGGAUGGAAAUCACCUUCAUCGAAUUACAUUCGUUUCGGAUAGAACACGUUCUGUAUAAAAACACGAUGCGCAACUUGUACAACUAAAUCGAAUCGAAUCUGCCGCCAUUCGAGAUGAAGGCACAGUUUGUUUUAUUCACCAUCGGGGUGCUUAUGUUAAGCCAUAUAGGGCAUGUUGCCAAUGGUACCGCCCUGGAUGAAUUGCGAGUGAUCGCACGAUCAAACCCAGGACUUCUGGAGUCUGUCCUGCAUCUCCUUCAGCACUGUCAGAAGCCAACUGUGUUAGCAAGCAGGUUCUAUCCGGGGAUGAUCCCGGAAAGCCCAAGGUCACACUCCAACUCAUCCGCAAGUAUAUCCACCUCCAUCGGAUGCAAACGAUGCCUCGAGAAUGAAAAACGCAAUUUUGUUGCUGUGCCAUCAGCGGACAAGAAUUGGCAUGACUUUCUUGUACGUUUUCAGGCGAAAAUACCCAGACAUAUGCUCGAUUUAGAACAUGGCCGAGUGGCGCGUUCGGUUUUAAAUGGCUACUACACGUUUCUCAGCCUGGUGAAGAAGGCAACCGAAGCAAAGCAGGUUACAGUGGAGAAGGAAAGAAAGCAGGUAGAGUGGGUGCUUCAGGAUGAAUAAAUGUAUAUUUUACCAUCUGAAA